UCUGGUUCAGAAUUUCAAACAACCGAGUUCUUGAUGUUGAUAACGAUGAUGUUGUUGGAGACUUGGAUUCAAUUUCGAAUAUUAAUCUUAGAACGAAAGCAUUCCAUCAAGUGAUUGCAUAAAAAAAAUGUCAACUUCAAAUCGGGGAACAGAAUGACAGUUGCAUCAGAUGUCAAUUUCGAAUCGAUGUUUCAAAGUCAUCUUGUUCUCUCAAUAAAACCUUCAGAUUCGCCUUCAACAGCUUAAUCAUAGUAGUAAUUGACAGCAACUAUCGUCAUUAGCUUCUCUCGUCAAGUUGCUUUUGCCAUUUGUUUGGUAUUUCACGGUAGUUCUAAUGAAAACGGUUCGUGUUCUAAUGCAAAUUUUGUUUACCAUCUGAUCGUCUAGAGAUUAUCUGGAAGUGGUGUAAACACUGGUCCAUGAUUGGAGAUGAAGAUGAAAUACAAAACCAAGUGGAUCUCUACACCUUACUUGAAUAUGAAGAAAAAGAAAUCGCAAGCAGAAGGUAGAAAAAACUCAGCUAAUGCAUCCUGAUUCUAAUAAAUGCAUUCAGUGCCCUCCAGAAAAAUCCAAACAAAAAGGAAUCUUUUCCAGAACUGCCAAACUAGCUCUGCUGAAGUGCUCUUUAAUCAGUCGAAUUCAGAAUUCAGUGAGGUGUUGGGAGAAUAUGGGAGCAAAAUGAGGACCCUAUCGAAUAAAAUCACCGAGAUACUGUUGAUGUGUUUGGGGGAAGAUUUUGGUAGGAAGUUUGAAUCCGAGUUCUCCAACUCCGAAGGGUAUUUGAGGAUAAACAACUACUCGUCACCUGAAAUCAUCGGAAAAGACGUUGAAGGGCUCGGCAUGCACACCGAUAUGAGCUGCAUAACGAUAGUUUAUCAGGACAAUAUCGGCGGGCUUCAAGUGAGAUCUAAAGAAGAGAAAUGGAUGGACAUAAACCCGUGUGCCGAAACACUAGUUGUGAAUAUUGGAGAUCUGAUGCAAGCCUGGAGUAAUGGGAAGUUAAGAUCAUCUGAGCAUAGAGUCGUCUUAAAAGAACGUAAAAACCGGUUUUCGCUUGCUUUCUUCUGGUGUUUUGAGGAUAAUAAGGUAGUUUUUGCACCUGAUGAAGUUGUGGGUGAGAACAAUUUGAGAGCUUAUAAACCCUUCUUGUGUGCUGAUUAUAUGAAGUUCAGAGAAAAUAGUGAAAAAGGCAAGUUUGAAAAAGUUGGCUUCACAGUUAAAGAUUUUGCAGGUACUAAAAACGAAUCAUCCGAAAAUUCACCCGUCGGUCGGCUUAUUGAAACUCGAGAAGUUCCGGUUUGAAUAUCUGAUAAAUUACCAGUAAUAUGUUAAUAAACAGGUAACAAAAGUUGUCUUAUUUUAAACUGGUUUACUUUAUUUUUUUGGUUUUUUUUUCCUUUUCCAAUGUGCAGUUUUAUUUAUAUUUUUGAUGUACAAACUUUCCAUUGGAUUUGGUGCCA